AUGCUGUCGCAGCGAUUGGGCGUCGACACACUCGUCAUAUGUGGAGUGAGUACCUCUGGAUGUGUGAGGGCAACAGCCCUAGAUGCGAUGCAAUAUGGCUUUAGACCAAUGGCUGUAGGAAGUGCGUGCGGUGACAGGACUCCCGAGAUUCAAAUUGCCAAUCUAUUUGACCUGGAUGCAAAGUACGCCGAUGUCGUCGAAGAAGCAGAAGCUGUAUCACAUCUCGAGGCCGGAUGGCCGUAG